AACUUCAUUGCACCUCACCCUCCUUCAGUCCACGACUCCAACCAAACCAAACCAAACACUCAUUUGAACUGAACAUGGAGAAUCAACCAGCAACGUUAAUCGAUCCAAAAAGCGGCUUCUGCUCAAAGACCAACACCUACCACUCCCUCAGACCUCACCUCGAACUCCCUCCGAUCACCACUCCUGUUUCCGCCACCGAAUACGCCAUCUCUCUCCUCCUAUAUUCCUCCCCUUCACCGCCACAAACCACCGCUCUCCUCGACGCUGUCACUGGCCGCCGCAUUUCCUUCCCUGAACUCAUUCACUUUACCGAAACCCUAGCCUCCUCUCUUCUCAACCGUUUUCGCCUCAAAAAAGGCGACACCGCUUUUAUUCUCUCUCCAAACUCUAUCCACAUUCCGAUCCUCUACCUCUCUCUCUUCUCUCUCGGCGUUGUUAUCUCCCCUUCAAAUCCGCUUUCCUCUGAACAGGAGAUUCUCCACCAAACCAACCUCUCUAAACCUGUCAUCGCUUUUGUCACGUCACAGACUGCUCACAAAAUCCCUUACUCGGUUAAGAAAACGAUCCUCCUCGACUCGCCAGAGUUUGAAUCGCUUAUGACGAGUCAGACUCAAGGCACAGUUAAUGGAUUGGAACGAGUAAGGGUUUAUCAAUCGGACCCGGCAGCGAUUCUCUACUCCUCGGGGACAACAGGGAGAUUCAAAGGAGUGUUGCUGACACACCGGAACUUCAUAUCCAUGCUGGCUGCUACUAUUGCGACUCGUGGCGUGAAGAAUAAGAUCACUGCUGUCACUUUGUGUACGGUGCCAUACUUCCACGCGUACGGUUUUGUAUACUGUUUAAGAUUGGCAGCGAUGGGGAACACGCUGGUGUCCAUGGGGAGGUUUGAUUUAAGUGCGAUGCUGAGUGCGAUUCAAGACUAUAGGGUGAGCCACGUGGCAGUGGCACCACCGGUGGUGGUGGCGAUGGUUAAAAAUGUUGGAGCAAUGGAUGGCUAUGAUUUGAGCUCUCUUGAAGUGGUGGCAUGUGGGGGAGCUCCUCUAAGGAAAAGUGUCCUUGAGCUGUUCAAGGAAAGGUUUCCCAAUGUGCAUAUUGCCCAGGGAUAUGGGCUGACAGAAACAACGGCCCGAAUAUUUGCAACAGUAGGGCCUAAAGAAAGUGAAGUCAUUGGAGCAACAGGAAAGCUUAUAUCAAAUUGCCAGGCAAAGAUUGUUGAUCCAGACACUGGUGUCUCUCUUCCCCCUUUCAGUCCCGGGGAGCUUUGGGUUAGAGGAGACACUAUUAUGAAAGGUUACAUUGGCGAUGACAAAGCAACUGCUGCAACUUUGGAUUCCGGAGGAUGGUUGAGAACUGGGGACCUUUGUUAUAUCGACAAUGAAGGCUUCUUGUUUUUCGUGGAUCGUAUUAAGGAACUGAUCAAAUGCAAAGGCUACCAGGUUGCCCCAGCAGAACUUGAGCAUCUGCUCCAAUCGAAUCCAGAUAUCAUUGAGGCAGCUGUAAUCCCGAUUCCUGAUGAGGAAGCAGGUCAAGUGCCUGUGGCCUUUGUGGUAAGACAAAAUGGAAGCAUUAUUGACGAAUCAAAAAUCAAGGAUUUUGUUGCCAGACAGGUUGCACCAUACAAGAGAUUACGACGAGUGAUGUUCAUUGAAUCAUUACCUAGGAAUGCCACCGGUAAGGUGCCGAAAAAGGAACUAAUCAAUCUUGCGUUAUCGAAUGCCACCUCUAAGCUGUAAAUUUCAUUAUGUAAUUGAUGAACCUUGCAAUUGUAUCAAGGAUCAUUGUGCUGGUUUUGAAAAGUUAUGGAUUGAAGUGUUACCA